AAAGUGCAGAGCGGAAGUAAUGCGGAAGUGACGAAACUGCCUGAUCAUCUUCAACCAUGCUUGAAUCGAGGUGACCUUAGUGCCUUAUCUUAUAGUUAAGUAAAAAUAAUUUCGGAAUACUCCCACGUAUUAGGCGCAUACGCCGUAUUAAUACAAACGUUGUCUUGAAAAAAAUAUUGAAAAGAGGACAUGGCGGAGGCUCACCAAGCACGCGUUCAGGCUGUGGUGGAGGAAAUGGUCCAAAGCCUGGAAAGGAAUCACAUCCGCAAAAUGCAGGCUCGCAUGUUCAAGUGCAGCGCGGACUGCUGCGAUCGAUCCACGGACUCCAUGACUCAGGUGCAUCAGUGCAUCGACAAGUGUCACGCUCCUCUGGCCAAAGCCCAGGGCAUCGUCACCAACGAGCUGGAGAAGUUUCAGGACCGCAUGGCCAGAUGCACAAUGCACUGCAAUGACAAAGCGAAGGAUCUGUUUGACUCGGGUGCCAAGGAGCCCGCCGUUCGGUCGCUGAUGGAGCGAUGCGUGGGCAGCUGCGUUGACGACCACAUGAACCUGAUCCCCAGCAUGACUCGUAGAAUCCAGGAGAACCUGGACUCUAUAUCCCAAUGACACAACAGAUAUCAACCACUGAGCCCACUCGGAGCAGUGACUAUGAAGUGAAAGUGAAAAAAGCAGGAUACAUGGCAUCCAAACAGUGCAGUAUGCCGUAUACAGUCGGAAUGAUGCACAAGGUGUUGAACUGUCAUAUUUCAGUUUGUCAUUUUUAAUACAAGUACAGCCUACCUUAGAUGGUGGUGGGGUUUGUUUCUGUAAAACAAUUAAACAUGGUCCAGAUCACAACUA